CCCUCCUCUGUGCCACCGCCUCCUUCUGGCAGUGUCUCGCGGGAUGCUAGAGCGCAGUUCCCGAGGAUUGUUCUGUACAGGUUGCUGUCAGUGCUGAGUGCUCACCUCUGGGGGGAUCAGAGCUUCCUCUCUGGAUGUUGACGUCAUGUCUGGUAGAACGAUGGUGGCGCAUUGGAGAACGACAGCUUUGACACUUUUGACUGUGUAUGUAGUAACAGUUAUACAAUGUUCGGCAGAUGAUGUGAUUCCUGAUGAAUGGAUGCUUCUCCAUGUAGUUGAAGGACAAAUAGGAGCAGGAAACUAUAGCUACCUGAGACUAAACCAUGAAGGGAAGAUAAUACUUGAAAUGCAGAGCCUAAGAGGUGAUGCUGAUAUUUACAUCUCCUCUUCAACCAUACAUCCCAGUUUUGAUGAUUAUGAACUACAAUCAACAACGUGCGGCUUGGACGUGAUCACGGUGCCCUAUCAUUUCCAACGCCCAGUGGGCAUUGGAAUCUAUGGUCAUCCAUCUUACCUAGAAAGUGAAUUUGAAAUUAAAGUCUACUAUGAUCAGACAAUUCAUGAUGACCCUUUUGCCGGUGCCUCUUAUGAUCCUGAGGAGGUUGAAGCACAUCAAAAACAUCUAAGACACGCUUCACAUGAGACACCCCAGGAGGAAGAAUCAAUAUUAAGGACUAUACUUAUAGGAAUUCUGAAAAUUAUUAUUGAGGUUCUUUUCUAAAUUUACACUGUGGUACAUGGUACACAAGACAGAAGUGUGUAAAUAACCAUAAGAACUGGAAUUUUCUAAUCAUAAUAAAUGGAAAUGACUGGGAUGUUAGGGAAGGCAGGGGAACAAACAGAAUAGCAAUUCCUUGUCCAUUAAAGGAACAGUCUACACCCAAAAAAAUUUUUGUUUAGAAAGAUAGAUUACUCCAUUCCCCACUUUUACAUAACCAACACCUUUAUGUUUAAUCAACCUCAGUGAUUACCUUGUACCUAAGGCUCUGCAGACUGUCCCCUUUUCUCAGUUAUUUUGAGACAUGCAUUAUAGCCAAUCAUUGUUGACUCAUAAAUAAUGCAACAGGAGUGAGUAUGUUAUCUAUAUGGUGCACAUUAACUAGCAGUGUCUAACUGUGAAAAACUGCACUGAGAUAAGAGGCGGCCAUUAAGGGCUUAGAAAUUAGCAUAUGAGCCUACCAAGUUAAAAGUCAAAUUUAUACAUGCACGAUUCAGAUAUAACAUGUUAUUUUAAGACACUUUUCAAUUCACUUCUAUUUUCAAAUGUGCUUUGUUCUCUUGGUAUCCCUUGUUGAAAAAGAAUAUUUAUCCUACACUAGUGGGAGCUAGUUGCUGAUUGGUGCCUGCACACAUGUCUCUUGUGAUUGGCUGAUUAGAUAUGUUCAGCUAGCUGCCAGUAGUGCAAUGCUGUUCAUUCAGCAAAGGAUAAUAAAAUAACAAAGCACAUUUGAUAAGAGAAAUAAAUUGAAAAGUUGUUUAAAAUUGUAUGUUCUAUCCAAACUAUGAAAUAAAAUUUUGGGGUUUCCUGUCCCUUUAAGUGAAGAACAAAGUAACAGUAUUACAAACACGAUUCUGUUUUGUAAAUAGAGAUAACCCCAUUACAAAUUCUUCCUUUAAAGAUUAAAGGGACAUUAGUAAUUUUAUGUACAUAUGGUCAGAAAAACUUUUGUUGGCAAAAUUUGUCAUUGUUUUGAAGUCCAGGGACACACACUUUUCCUUUGCUAUGGCUAAGAUGCAAAAUGUGGCACAAAUUGCUGUUCUGCAUGUAGAAAGGUCAGGAUUCGGAAUCCCAGAAAAAUCACUUCAGUCUAUAUGGGGCUCAGUGGAAAAACUAAAGUUUUUACAUUACAGAAAAAACAGACAAUAAAUCAUGGUACUGUUUUGAAAAGUCUUCUCCCCCCACUCUACAUCAUUAAAACUUUUAUAAGAAGUUACAUUUUAAGUUUAGUGUCCCAUUAAGAAAUAGCAAAGUAAUGUUCCAAAGAGACAUAUCUAUUACAAUGCAUUUAAGUGCUAUUUUAGGCAAUAAAAAAAAUGACACAUUUGAAGUGUUAACUUGAAUAAGUAAUAAUUAGUGACUUUGAAUGUAUCUUGAUUAAAAAAAAAUACUUAUACUGACUGGAAUAUGUAAAUAUAUAUAAAAAAAUAUAUAUAAAUGGUAUGCAGAUUAAAAAAACUAGCUGUUCUUUUCCUUACCUAUUUUAAACAAUUACAUUAGAAUACAGAUUAAAUAUUUCUCUCAUUGUUUGGGUUCUGCAAAGUUAAUUUUGGCUGGGAGAAUUCUGGGAGGAAACCCCCACAAAAUAUUUUUUUCAUUAAGUGUUAUAAUUCUUCAGUUUGUAUGGUUAUUAAUAAAAUAACACCUUGUAUAAAG